GAGCACCCGACUCCACCUGAGUCUUCUUGGUUCUCCACGUUAGAUCUUACGGGCAAUUGGAGCUGUGGCGCCAGCAAGAAGACUCAACAACGCUGAUAGCCUCGCGGGAGGGGACGGCGCCAGCAAGAAGACUCAACAAGCGCUUCGAACCCAAGCUCACUCUGACCACUUCGCUCGUCAAGUGAACAUCGAUCCAAGGAGUCUUGCCGGGAUGGUUGCAUCGCUUGGAGAACUGCAUAGUUGGGAUUUGUGCUUUAAUUUGUAGACCACAAGCGUACUGGAUUACUGUCUAAAUAUAAUAUAGUUUUGAUAAAAUGGGGGAUAGAAAUGUUCUGGAGCGCAUACUGUCCGGCCACGAGAAACCGAGGGAUUUGGCAUUAGCACUUUUACAGAAUAUCACGGAAAAUUUCUCCGAUGACAGAAAAAUUGGUAACGGUGGAUUUGCAGAGGUUUACAAGUGUUAGAUCAAGGGUUGAGAAUGAUCUCGUCGAAAUUCUUAUCCACAGGGUGUGCUAAAAAACAAGAACAUUGCCGUGAAGAAGAUUCUUUUGAACGAACACACAAUCGAUGACAAGCUAUUUGAUAGAGAGGUUAAAAACUUGAUGAUGAUGGAGAUUAUUAGCCAUUCAAAUGUAGUCCGCUUUCUUGGCUUUUGUGCUAACAACCAUUACGAAUACGAAAUGAUAAAAGAUAAUGGAGAAUGGGUUAAGGCCCAGAUAAGGGAAAGAUUACUUUGUUUCGACUAUAUCAGCAAUGGAAGCCUUGAUAAACAUAUCACCGAUGAAUUAAGAGGGCUUGAAUGGAGUAAACGCUACGAAAUAAUCAAGGGAAUUUGUAAUGGUUUGCACCACUUGCAUGAGAACAAAAAAAUUAUCCAUAUGGACCUAACUCCUGGCAACAUUAUGCUAGAUAAUGAAAUGGUGCCAAAGAUCACGGAUUUUGGUUUAUCGAGACUCGACAAAAACACACACACUACUGGUCCUCGUUAUUUGACGCGAGGAUAUUGUGCUCCGGAAUAUGAAAGUGGUGGUAAACCUUCAAAGAUGGCUGACGUAUAUAGUCUGGGCGUUAUAAUUACUGAACUAAUAACAGGACGUAAGGUCGAUCCCAAUAAAGACAAAGUGCUUCGAUGGUGGGGCUACAGGUGGAAAAAAUCACAAAAGCAUUCGCCAAUACUAUCCCAAUACUUGAUGCAAGUAACUCAAUGUAUGAAAAUAGCAGCACUAUGUAGGAUUAAAGAACCUACAUAUAGGCCUUCCAUAUCCGAUAUAACCAGCAUGCUCAUGCGAACUGAAACAAAUGUGGACGCUGCUCAGAUAAAUGACGAGAUGCUUGGAAUAGAGCCGCUCACGCUGAUGCUUCCAUCCGAGCUUCAGAAGGAGACAUAUGAAGUUAAGCUAACUAACGAGACAAAUGAUUAUUAUGCCUUCAUCAUCGAAACACAUUGCCAGCAGUACCAUGCACGGCCAGACCAAGGCAUUGCGUCACCACAAUCCAAUUGUAGUAUACAGAUAACAAUCCAAGCACAGAGUACUACAAAAGAUGAUUUUAUCGUGAAAAGCACAAUAGUGGACAAGGAUCUUAGAGCCGAACACAUCACUCAAUACAUGUCCAAGAAAGAUCCAAAUGAAGUCGAUGAGGUGCCUUUGGUGGUUGUUAUAUGUAAUCCUGAUACAGCUGAGGCGCUUUCCAAGGAUCAUCGCCGUAAUUUCCACCCGCCACAGAGCUUUUCAAGUGAUCAUCCUACAAACAUGAGGUACCUAAGUAGACCAAGUGACCGAGCCAUGGAUCUCGCAACGGGGGCCAUGGGCAGCCUGCUCCACAAGCUUGGAGAGCUCCUCAAGGAGUGCAAUCUGGAGGAAAGUGUGAAAAAAGACAUCGAAUCUUUCUCAGAAGAGCUGAUGAAGAUGCAGCUAGUCCUCAGGAAGUUGCCAAACGUGCAUCUGAAUGACCAGGAUUAUUACCUGGUCAAGCGUUGGGCCAACAAUGUGAGAGAGAUGUCAUAUGACAUAGAGGAUUUUGUUGAUGGCUUUUUGGUGCACAGUGAGCCUACCGCUGAUGCGGGCGGCUUUAGAGAGCUCACUCAUAGGGUGUUCAAGGCUCACCCUCAAAUCAGCGACAAGAUCGAAGCCAUCAAGAAACAAGUUCAGGAUGAGAUCCAAAAGCGUAAAGAGUAUAACGUCGACAAUGUUGUGGCUAAUGCACCUGCUGAAAUUACUGAUACCAUUGUUCCUUGCAUGUCGUGGGUUCCAUCAUUCAAACAUCACAAAGACCUUGUUGGCAUUGAAGAGCAAAGAAAUGAACUAAUCAAGAGGUUUUCUGAUGAUGGGGAUGGAGAUGGAGAUGGGGAUGUGGAUGUGCAACUCAAGAUAUUCUCCAUCUAUGGAUAUGGAGGACUAGGCAAGACAACUCUCGUGAGGGAAGUGUAUGACAAGCUUAAAGUAGACCAAUUCCAUCUGAGAGCUUUUGUUUAUGUGGGUCAGAGUCCAGAUAAGAAAGAAGUAAUUAGAAACAUUCUCAAGGAACUUAUUGGCAAUAAUUUCAAUGCAGAAAACUUGAACGAAGAGCAACUCAUCACAAAACUCCAAAGACUACUUGAGAACAAGAGGUACUUCAUAGUAAUCGAUGAUAUAUGGGAUUGGAACAUUAUUGAAUCUGUUUUCCUAGGCAAUAGUUGUGGUAGUAGAGUGGUGAUAACUACAAGGGUUUACUCUGUUGCUAUUGCCUGUUGCAAGAAUAAAGAGAAUGUUUAUGAGAUGAAAACACUCAAUGAGCAAGACUCAAGAGCACUAUUUGUUCGUAGAAUAUAUGGUACAGAAGAAGAAGCUUGCAAUGAUGUACCAGAAGAGAUCUUAACUGGUAUUCUAAAGAAAUGUGGUGGUUUGCCACUUGCUAUUGUCAGCAUAGCAAGCUUGCUUCGGGCUAAAGAUCCUUGGAAAAGGUCAACGUGGGAUUAUGUAAGGAAGUCUUUGGUAGCCAUGUUUGAAGGAAACAAUCCUACUCUUAAAGAGAUGGAGAAAAUAUUGGAUCUUAGCUACAGACAUCUCCCUCACCAUCUUAAGACAUGUCUUCUUAGUGUUGGUAUGUAUCGAGAGGACCAUGAGAUAGAAAAGAAUGAAUUGUUGAGGCAAUGGAUAGCUGAAGGUUUUGUGAUCAGUACAACCCGUGGCCUGGAUGCAGAGGAUGUUGCAGAAGAAUACUUCAAAGAACUCAUCAACAUGAGUAUGAUCCAGCCUGAGAAGAUAGAUUACAACAAUGAGGUUCUCUCUUGCAGAGUACAUGAUAUAGUGCUUGAUCUUAUCAGAUCCAAGGCCGCACAAGAGAACUUUUGUCUUGUAAUAGAUGGUUCAAAAGAUGUGAGACAGCCACCCGAAAAGGUUCGUCGAGUUUCCAUCCACUGUCAUCGUGGGAUGGACUACAGAGCACUGGCAGCAGCAGCAGCAACCAGUGGGUCACUAGAGCAUGUUCGAUCAGUCUUAUUUUGGGGAGGCAGGUAUAUUUUUUAUUCUUUUCUGAUGUUGAAGUAUGUACGGGUUCUUCACCUUGAAGAUGGCGGCUGGACUUCCAACCUAGACCUCAGCAGUAUCUCUGGUUUGUUUCUACUAAGGUAUCUAAAGAUCGCGUGCUUUUUCUUUGCAAAUGUGAAGCUACCAAGUCGAUUUGAGGACCUACAACAAUUGGAGACAAUAGAUGUACAAGAUGCGAGCAAUAUUCCACAAGGUAUUCUCAGUUUGCCCAGGCUAUCGCAUCUCAAUGUUGGAAUUUGUGCGGUGCUGCCUGAGGGAAUUGGCAGGUUGAAAUCCCUGCGCACCCUAGGAUGCUUUAAUUUGGCGACACAGUCGGUGGAGAAUAUCAAGUGCCUUGGCGAGCUAACCAACCUGAGAGAUCUGACCAUCUGUUGGCGAGAAUCCAGUGAUCCAGUGGAUGCAGGCAUGCGUAUGGAAGCCUUGCGCUCUUCCGUUGGUAGUCUUUCUGGGAGCCUCAGGAGCCUUAUUAUCGGGCCUCGAUGCAGCAUCCAACUGCCGGUGCAUGGCUGGAGCAGCGCACACUCCCUUCCAGCACGUAACCUUCGGAAGCUUGACCUGAGUGGCUGCAAUUUUGACAGGUGCCCUCGGUGGAUCGCCGAGCUCCGCGACCUCUAUAGCUUACGCAUUAGGGUCGAGGAGGUGGCUGAUGGUGUCAGUAUUGUUGCACAACUCCCUUCACUUGCCUACUUGUACCUGGAAUGUCAUGGAGGAAAAGAAGAAGUGGCUGUUUUCUCUGGCUUCCGAGCACUAAAGCACCUGGAUUUGGACUGCAAGAACCUGUCGCUGACCUUCCAUGCUGGGGCCAUGCCCAGGCUAGAAAAGCUCGAGAUAUGGUUCCGUUACCACAUCAGUUUUGUAACUGGCUAUUUUUUGCCUCGUGGCAUCGAGCACUUGCCAGCGCGCACCCUCCGACAAAUCUGUUUGAAGGUGGUGGAUACCGUCGAGCAACACAAAUCACUCGUCAGGCGUAUAUUUGAUUUGGCAUUUCAGCCGUAUCAUCCUUGCGCUAACAUCACCAUUUACUUUCAUGAAAGGAUCUAUUAUUAACGCGGUUGGACAUGUCCUCAUGCAUUCGUGAAGUAUUGUUGCCAGCUGGUGCAGGUGGAGCCAUGGAGCGACCUAUUUCGAAUGUAGUUUCCUUUUGAUUAUCAAUGAUUGGCAAAUACCAUCGAAUUGACUUGGCGUGCUUCUUUACUUUAUUGUGGGCAAUCUUUUGCAAUUAGAAUAACUAGUCCAUCAACCUGUGCUCCCUGUGCUCUUGUACGGGUUAGAGGCUUUUGAGUGAAUUUUUGUACUAAUAUUUACUCAUAAAUAAUCAUUAAUUUAUAAGCCUACAUCAUGUCACUGAAAAUUAAUGAUAGAGUUUGAUGUGAUUUACGAUGGGGAAGACGUAGGCACCUAUGUAACAUCCUCCUUUUCUCUUGUAUGUACUAAUGGUUAUAUUGUCAUGUAGAUUUAAAAAA